AUGUCGCUGCCCGCGGAGAAAGCCUCCGAGCUGAAGCAGCUCAUCCACCAACAGCUGAACAAGAUGGAUGUCCAUGGCAGAAUACGAGAGAUACUUGCUGAGACAAUACGUGAAGAAUUGGCACCUGAUCAACAACAAUUAUCAACAGAGGAUUUGAUCAAAGCUCUUAAACGCAGAGGAAUUAUUGAUGAUGUGAUGAAAGAACUUAAUUUUAUUACUGACAGUGUUGAUCAAGAAUGCCCUACCUCUCCAAAACAACAUGCUUGUUUUACUGAUAGACAGUCAACGUUAAAAAAAACUAAUAUUGAUCCAACACGGAGGUAUCUUUACCUUCAGGUUUUGGGUGGAAAAGCUUUCUUGGAACAUCUGCAAGAACCUGAGCCUUUACCAGGACAAGUUUGUUCGACUUUUACUUUAUGUUUACAUUUUCGAAACCAACGUUUUCGUUCUAAACCUGUUCCAUGUGCCUGUGAACCAGAUUUUCAUGAUGGUUUUUUACUUGAAGUACACAGAGAAAGCUUAGGUGAUGGAACUAGAAUGGCUGACUCCACAACAAUGCUGUCAAUAAGUGAUCCAGUUCAUAUGGUGCUAAUUAAAACUGACAUAUUUGGUGAAACAACUUUAAUAGCAUCCUAUUUUCUUGAGUGGCGAUCAGUUUUGGGCUCAGAAAAUGGAGUAACCAACCUUACUGUGGAACUUAUGGGUGUAGGAACAGAAUCAAAGGUUUCUGUGGGAAUUUUAAGUAUAAAACUUGAGAUGUACCCACCACUUAAUCAAAUGUUGUCUCAGGAAGUAGUAAACACACAGCUUGCUUUGGAACGACAAAAAACUGCAGAGAGAGAACGGUUGUUUCUUGUAUAUGCUAAACAGUGGUGGAGAGAAUAUUUGCAAAUUAGACCCUCACACAACUCACGGCUGGUAAAAAUUUUUGCACAGGAUGAAAAUGGGAUAAAUAGACCAGUUUGUUCCUAUGUUAGACCACUUCGAGCGGGACGGCUUCUAGAUACUCCAAGGCAAGCAGCAAGAUUUGUUAAUGUCUUGGGUUAUGAAAGAGCCCCUGUUAUUGGCGGAGGAGGUAAACAGGAACAGUGGUGCACUCUGCUGGCCUUUCUCUGUAGAAACAAGGGUGACUGUGAAGACCACGCUAACCUUCUGUGCAGCCUUCUUCUUGGAUAUGGAUUAGAAGCUUUUGUCUGUGUUGGUACAAAGGCCAAAGGAGUACCUCAUGCUUGGGUUCUGACUUGUGGAACUGAUGGUACCAUCACUUUUUGGGAGAGUUUAACAGGACACAGGUACAUCCACAAAUGUAUCAAUCCUGAUGAAUCUCCACUUGCUGAACAGCCCAAGCCCUUGUACCCAUAUCGAACCAUUGGUUGUGUUUUCAAUCAUCAGAUGUUCCUAGGAAAUUGUCAGCCCUCUGACUUAGUGGAAAUGUGUAUGUUUGAUUUGAAUGAUGAAUCCAAAUGGAAACCAAUGAGUGAAGAAGCAAUUAAAUCUGUGUGUGCCCCAGGAGCUACAACAUCACUUCCUCCCUUUCCGCCUCUAUGUGCGUCUAUGGUAGAUGCCUCAAUAACAAGUAAUGAAAUGGAAAUGCAGCUAAGGCUACUGGUGUCAGAACACAGGAAGGAUCUUGGCCUCACUACAGUUUGGGAAGACCAGCUUUCCUAUCUUUUAUCACCAGCUUUGGCUUCCUAUGAAUUUGAGCGUACAACAAGUAUAUCUGCAGGCAAUGAAGAAUUUCAAGAUGCCAUAAGAAGGGCUGUACCUGAUGGGCACACAUUUAAAGGGUUCCCGAUACAUUUUGUGUAUAGAAAUGCAAGGCGUGCAUUUGCUACAUGUCUUCGGUCUCCUUUCUGUGAGGAAAUAAUCUGUUGCCGUGGAGACCAGGUGCGACUGGCAGUUCGUGUCCGAGUAUUUACAUACCCUGAAUCUGCAUGUGCUGUAUGGAUCAUGUUUGCUUGUAAAUAUCGCUCGGUCUUAUAG